AUGAACGGCUACGGGCACAACAACGGUGGGCCAGCCGCCGGUGCCGCCGGCCCAGCAGGAACCGUCACCAUCCCGACAGGACCGACCAACCAGCCCCGCGUGCUGGUGCGCAACCUGCAGCGCGACGAUGUCACCUUCCACCUCUCCGGAGUGGACAUGGCGUAUGCCAACAGUUUGAGGAGGACAAUGAUGGCCGAUGUGCCUACUGUCGCCAUCGACCAGGUGUCCUUCCUCCAGAACACCUCUCCGAUUCCCGAUGAAAUGCUGGCCCACCGUCUGGGUAUGGUGCCGCUCGUCAGCAAGUUGGUUGGCAAGGGACUGCGGUACACCAGGGACUGCGACUGUGAUGAAGGAUGCUACUUUUGCAUGGUGACGCUCCGCCUCAAGGUGUCGGCAACGAACGCAGACUAUGGCCGCCCGAUGACCGUCACCAGCGACAUGCUCGAGAUCAUCCCCAGCCCCAACACUCCCCAGGCCACCCCGUAUGGCCCCCCACCAGAGCUCGGCGAGGAGGAGCAGGAGAUCAUGCGCAACCGUGACCCGGACCUCGGCCAGCCCGUCGGUAAGGGCGACCCGACCUCGACACCCAUCCAGCUCGUCCGUAUCUCGCGUGGACAAGAGGUCGAGGUCAUCUGCAAGGCCUACAAGGGUAUCGCCAAGCACCACGCCAAGUGGUCCCCCUUGUCUGCGGUCGCGUACGAGUAUGACCCGUACAACAAGCUCAGGCACACGACGUACUGGUUCGAGACGAACGAGGAGGAAGAGUGGCCCCUGUCCUCGAACGCCGCGUUCGAGACCCCGCCAGACCCCACCCAGCCCUUCGACUUCAACGCCGUGCCCACAACCUACUACUUCAACGCCGAGUCUGUCGGUUCCGUGCCCGUCACAUCCGUCUUUGAACAGGCAUGCGACAUCAUGGUGGAAAACCUCGCCCAGAUCGUCCUUGCCGUGCAGCAGGAGACGGGCGCGGACGAGGACGACGAGGACGGCGAGGGCGGCGAGGGUGGAAUUGUCGAGCCCGACAUGGGUAUGGGUAUGGGCGGCGGCGGUGGCGGCGGCAUGAACGGCGACUAUGGAGGUGGCUACGACGGCGGGUACGGCGGCGGUGGUGGUGGUGGUGGUGGUGGCGGCGGUGGUGGUAGUUACGACUCGUACCAAGGAGGCGGCGGUGGUGGUUGGGGAGGUCCACAGGCUAACGCGCCGGGCUGGGCCGGUGGGGCCGGUAUGAGCCCGUUGAGGCGCUAG